GGUUUGGGGCGUAGCUUUGAAAUGAAAACAAGUGUUGUUUGCUGUCUUCUACGCUUUUUAGUUAAUAAAAAACUCUAUAGAAUUACAUAUGGUUUUAAAUGAAUGAAAAUAAACUCUUCGGCGGCCUCUGUAAACAAUGAGGCAGAAAAUUAAACAGUUAAUUCAUCAAAUAUGGGGUGAUCGUAAAAGCCUCUUAUUGCGAAGAAAAAUACAGUAUAAUGGAUGACUCGGACCAGGAUUUUGAAGAUUUCAGCUCGAAGCAUCUAAGACGAGUCCGCAAGAAACCAGGUGAAGCCAGACAGGCGAGGAAAGCAGAUAAGCAGACCUCCAGUCAAGCAAGCGAAGAGGAUAAGAGAAGGAGAAAUAACAAAAAAGCUCUUAACUCUAUCAAAAGGCUAUCUUGGACGCAGCCUGCUUCUGCUGCUGGUGCUGGCGAUGAUGGUGGAGGAGAAACGCGUGUGGUCAAUGGAGAGGCUGGACAUCAGUCAGGGGAUGCUUGGCCAUCAGCUGAGCCUUUAAAGGAAGCAGGGCCAAGUCCUCAAAGCGGCCUAAGAGCGAAAGACAAAGUGCUCCUGAGGAUGAAGCAGUUCAAGAGAGAUAGUCCACAGAAGAUGGUGCAUAAAACUCACAUCCAACCAGCAAACCACGAGAACAACUCUACUCCUUUUACACAGCAAAAAAAUCAGGAUACUCCAGAUACCUUCAGCUCUGCUCUUCCUCCAGAGCCUCAAGACAACGAUGAGGCUCUUGCUCUGCAGCUGCAGCAGGAGCUGGACAGAGAGGCAGCGCAGGCCCAGAUUGUGGACUUGGAGGAUGGAGGGCUUUUCUUCUGUCAGAUUUGCCACAGAGACUUAACACACAUGACAGCAGAGGGUCGCACACAGCAUCUUAACAGGUGUUUGGAUGAGAGUGAAAAGAGUGGCCCUGCGGCUCCUGCACCUCCUCCUCUACCACCUUCUGGUGUUCCUGAUUGUCCCAUCUGUGGUAAGAAGUUCAAGUCUCAGAAGAGCCGCUCGGUCCACUUGAAGCGCUGUUCUUCAGAUAUGGACGUCUCACCGGCUGUGCUGAUACAGGCUCUGCAGAGACAAGCUGAGGAAACCCAGAGUGCUGCCACUGCUAAUUUACUCAUUCAAGCUGUGGGCACCAAAAGGAAAGGCCCAACCAAGCCAGGCCUGCAGGCACGGAAGAAGCCCAAGAAAAAGCCUGAAGCCCUGGAUGAAGAGACCAUGGUGGCUCUGGCUCUGUCCUCCUCCCUGCUGGAACAAAAGAAAGAGGAAGAGAGGCAGUAUCACACAAAGACUGGCACUUCUCACACGUCAGUGACUCAAGAUCUGAAGUGGAGGCCAGACGCAGGUAAAGGGCGUGGAAAGAGAAAAAAAGGAGUCGUCCCUCGCCCUGCUCCAUUACUUCUCAUUCAGGAUGCUGAGGGGGCACUGAGGAGGUUGCAGGAACGUGUUUCUGCUCUUCUCCUGCGCAGCCCUCCAGACUGUCCCCCAACCCCACCUCGCAGCCCCAGCACUCUGCAUAGCUGGAGCGGUGCUGCCCCCCUCUGGGAGAAAAGCCGACUGCUUGACGGAGACUCCAGCUGUCUGUCUGAUUUCUAUGUUCCGGAGCUCAGGGAGUUCUUCUCACCCUGGGUAUCAGCAAUGACUGAUGCAGCCUCAGAAGGCUCCAGCGACAAGCCCGAGUCUUGUGUUCAACCUGUGGCCAAAGGAACUCCCACCACUGGGUUCAGGACCUCCAUCCUACCAUCCUCUGCCAAGACGGCUUCCUGCUCCCCGGCUCCCUCCACGCCCGGUACAGGGCAGCUCUCAGUGAGCAGUCAGGUUCUUCAAGACCUGAUGGACCUGGCUGACGAAGGCAUGACACUCACACAGUAUGGAUACACAGCCAAAGACAACGCCAGCGAGAGCGGCUUCAUCCAGGAGGAAUCAGAGGAGCAGGCUGACCUCUGUGCCAGUGGCUUCCUGCCAGAAAGGGCCCACACGCAUGCUGAGGAAAGACAUAACCAAGCGAUGACAGCAGCUGAGCAACCAAGGGAAAAAGUUGGAGACAGCCACCUAUCAGUAGCGCUGUCCACAUUGGCGUCAGACCUGAGCAGCAUGGUGAACAACCCUCAGCUCAGUGAUGUCCAGCUCCAGGUGGACAGUGGAGAAGUCUUCUUUGCACAUUCCUUCAUGGUGUAUGCUCGCUGCCCCCUGCUGGCAGAAAUGAUGCAUGAAAGUGGUUUUGGGGUUCAGGAGGAAGGCGUGCCUCCUGCUCAGAGGGUGUUGAUCAGCGACGUCCCGGCCCAAGCAGUGUUUGCUCUUCUACAGUAUCUCUACACAGCCCACUUCUCCUUACCGGCAUCGCUGCAGCCUCAUGUGCUGGAGCUGGCACGAAGGUUUGACUUGCAGGAGCUACAACAGCUUUGUCAUCUUAGGCAAGAGGAGACUCUGAGAGACGAGGGCAACUACUUAACCCAGGAGGAGGAAACAGACCAGGCCUUCAUCGAGCUCCUCCGCUCCAUGUGGAACGAAGAUGAUGCUGACGGUGACGACGGGGAAGAUUCAGACAGAGGAAGAGAUGAAGGCCUGGAAGUGGAUCAUCAAGCUGAUGAGGUCACGUCAGGCGAUAGAGAGAUUCACGAAGAGAAAGUGAAUGAGGAAGAGUUGGAGGAGAUCUAUGAGUUUGCGUCCACGCAGAGAAAGAGGGAGGAGGAGAAGGAGGAGGAGGAGGAGGAGGAGGCGCUAGAUGAGGAAGAAGAUGGAGAAACUAAAAAAAGCUUAAGUGACAAAAAGCUGCAACCUGACUUUCAACGUGAGCCCGACCCCAGCCUGGAUCGCAGCUACAGCCGUCUCUUUUCAGAUUCGUGGGGGGUGUACGAGGAAGCAGAGCCUUCCUCCUUAGCUUCUACCUCUGGUCUGCCAAAGGUGCACCUUUCUCAGCAGUCCCCUUGUAAACCAUCAUAUGAAUUUUCAGGGAGAGCUUUGCUUCAGUCUUCAGCAAGUGUAGUUAGUGAUCCUUCCAUCAGUCCUCCACCAGGGACAUCCAACUUGCCAGUUCCAGGUGUGUCCCCUGGACAAGUAGGUGACAUGGGUGGCAGUGGAGACAAAGGAAAAAAUCCAGUUGAAUUGAAAAUGCCCAAGAAAGAUCUAUUGGAAGACAUGAAGCGAGAAAGCCAAGGUCGUUCUAGUAUUUGCACCCCUCAUUCUCCUGAUUCAGCCCAGAAAAAAGACGAACCUGAGCUCAUAGUUUUGUCAGACUCCAGUGAGGAGCUUGAGGGGGAUGUUGCUGUUCUUAGUUCCCGUAGCCCCUUACCACGUUCUCCCGGUUAUACAGAAAUCAAAUCCAGGCACAACUCAGCACCCAAUGAACCAGCUUUGAAUAAAGAGGCCAGUAGUUUGGGGCACAGUGCUGGUGAUCAAUUAGACUGUUCUCCAGAAGUUUCCUGGCUGAUCCCGUCCACACCUGUCCGUCCUGGCAGCGGCACCAGGAGCAGCUCCACUCAGACCAGAAGCAGCAUGUGCAGGACGCAGCUGUUUCGGAGAAGUCAAACAUCCCCAUCAUCACCCUCUGUUUUUUCUUCUCCUACUCUUAAGAGCACCCUUCACCCCUCCAACAGUGAAACCAAGGAUUCUGCCGACACUGACCAAAUGAAGGGUAGUGUCUCCAGGUUGAAGAUAGAAAGGAACUUCAGCUUUUCUCCAAAAAGAGAGAAUAGUGAUGAUUCAAGGAACGAUGGAGAGCGAUUCAAAGUUCCCCUGCCUCAGCCUAAACUGUCAAAUCUCUCAAGCUCGACUCACCUUGAUUCUCUCCAAGCUUCUUCAAAGCGUGAUAUUCCUCUUCAGCGCCAGCCCCAACCUUACAGCAGUACUCCCUUACAAACGGAGCUCCACCAUUCCCCUAUGCGUCUUGCUUCCUCCCUGCUUCACACUCAUCCCAGUAAGCAGAACUCAAUGGGUCAGAAAAGGGAGAGAGCACCAUCAGAUAGCCCAGAGAAAACAGACCUGGGGAGCUUUCACCUCUCCCCUUUGUCUGACCCUUCAGGCCCACGCGCUUCGUCUUCUCAUAGUUUUGAAAGUUCACCAAAGCUCACCGUGUCCUCUAGUCAGAGUCGACGUUCUCUUAAUUCCAGCAUUUAUGAAAAGAGGUUAAGGAAUGAGAAGGAAGGAAGAGAGACAGAUUCCGAUCAUACUGAAGAAAUGUUCAAUGAAGGACAGGAGGGAGAAAUAAAAAUAGAGGCAGAUGUUGAAGAAUCUAGUUUUCAGCAGAUUUUCAUGGCCAUGGAUGAGCCUCCCAUAGCGUUCAAUGAUUCAUGGGGACUCGAUGUGUGUGUAGACGCUGAUCCAGGAUGCUUCAGUCUGAGGCUGGAGGACAGCGGGCAGCGAGAAACAGCCCAGUCGUUAACCUCUCCCACCAGUCGACCUGAAUCGUCCAGACACAGCAGCGAGUCUUUAAACCGCUGUGGUGGCGUGACUACCCCUUCCACACCUAAAUGUCACAGCUCUCAGGUGCACGCAGGUCCCUCCAUCACCACGUCCCCACCUAAAGCCAAAUUGCUGACCACACCAGAGAUUGACAACGGCCUCCUGGACUCCAAAAUAUGGGACAGCUGGGAAGAAGAAGAAGAGGAGGAGGAACACCUUCCUCUCUCUAAGAGGGUGAACCCCUCAACCUAUCAUAAGACCCCAGUGUCGUCUCACAGCAAAAGGCAGCGCACCUUGGUGCCCAUCACUCCCAUGCCCCACUACUCUGACAUGGACACGCCGGAGCUCAAGAACAAGCUCAACAGGUUUGGCGUUCGGCCUUUACCGAAGCGCCAGAUGAUCCUAAAACUGAAGGAGAUCCACCAAUACACACACCAGCUGGUCAGCUCAGACUCUGAGGAUGAGGCCUCAGUCUCAGGAGCCACAGCUCAGAUGAAGCCCCCUGCCAGCAGGCCAGUGUCCUGCGCCCAGACUGUGAAGUUUAAAGAACCCCGAGCACCUGCUGAUGUGUGCCCUGUGAAGCACAACGGUGAUGAGGUGGCAGAGCCUCUGUCCAACUCACAGGGCUCCAACACCUCCUCAGCUGGAGCCAGUGAAGAAUCGGAAAGGUCCAAUCCAGAAUUAUGCAUCUCGUCCGACGGCGACUCCGACAGCGAUGGCGGGAUUUCUGCCUCUCAAGCAGCGUCCCGGCUCCAGGAUCGACUCAAAGCCGUGCGCUCCUUCAUCUUGUCCGACUCAAAGCUGUACAGUCAGAUCCUCCAGUAUAAGCCUCUGGUUCUGUCUCAGCUUCAGGAGCAACUCAAAGCAGCGGGUAUACGCCUGGGGGCCGCCAAGCUCAUGGACUACCUGGACUCUCAGUGCAUCACCUUCACCACAGCCAAGCCAGGCCGCGCCGCACCGAGCCGCAGGCGGGUCAAGAGGACAGGCAAGGCGGGCAAAAGUAGGUGAAAGAGAGGCAAGCAAGGAAGGAGGCAUCACAGUCGCACUUUUAAACUCACUGCAAGAAUGGUUUUAUGUAGAAACUUAAAGAUGGCAGAUUUUAUUUCUGUGCUUGGAACGUUUGUCUGAGAACUGAAAAGGCCACAAGAAAAUCUAAAUGAUCAAGACAAAGACUGAUUAUUCCCAAGUGAGAACAUCUUUAGUAAAAACAGGUUUAUAACUAUGUAAAUAUUGACACCGUUUCUCCAGGACCGGGUGUAUUUUAACUGUUUUUUUUUCUGUCCCCCCCCCCCCGAAUGUUGCAUUUAUUAAGAAAAUAAAUCAGAUUAAUGACGGCUGUAGUGUGGGGUUGACAAAUGGCUGCUUUAGCCCCCUUC